UACAAACAAAUGAAGGCGUACAACAUCGUUGCUUAAAGACCGUGAUGUAUAGUUUCAAGUUGUCAUUCCUUUUGCCCAGUGAGCGUAUUUCGCAGGUGUAGUGUGGUGUAAAACUUGAUCACUACCCCGAGGAGAAAACUGGGAGUGCGAACUGUGUGUUGGAGGUAAUAGAAAGUUAUUCCCACUUGGAAGAAGCGAGUGCGGCAACAAGUCUGGCGUCGGGUUGGAGAUAUGAUGGCUUCCAAAAAGAAAAAGAUGGAUGAAAUGAGAGAGCAGAGACUCUACUGUGUAUGUCGCCAGCCUAAUGAUAAAUCAAAGAUGAUGAUCCAGUGUGACUGUUGUGAGGAGUGGUUUCAUACCCGGUGUAUGAGUAUCAAUGAUGAAGAAGUGGACCAGCUGGCUCAAUGGCAUUGCACUCACUGUGUUGAUUUAAUGAGCCAGAAAACGGCAAUGUCUAACAAACGGAGAAUGGAUGGUGAGUUGCUGGCAUUACAGUGGAUGGAGCACUCACGAAUCUUCAGCCAGGCCAUCGGAAGCCUGAGGGGAAAGGCUGCAUAUACAGAUGCAACACUGGCAUGUGAAGGACAUUUUUUUCAAGUGCACAAAUUUGUGCUAUCAACCUGCAGUGAAUAUUUUAAUGAUAUAUUUGAAUGGACCCCAUGUGUAAAUCCUGUUGUGGUUCUAAAUAAUGUUUCUUGCAAAGAGCUUGAGGCUCUACUGGAUUUUAUGUAUAUUGGGGAAGUUAAUGUGAAGGAAACACAGAUUCCAGAUAUAAUGCACGCUGCAGAGUGUAUGAGGAUUCGAGGACUGUCAAUGGUUGAUGAUGAUGGUGUGAAAACACACUUGUCAAAGGGUCCUUCAGAUUUUGAUAGACCUGCCAAAAAAAGGAGACGCUCAGAUGUUCGGAAGAGGUUACCAACAGCUUCACAAAAGCCUCUCCCACCUUCAUCACAGACCCUUCCUCAACCAGGUGCUCCUAUGUCACACCCUCAACCUCCAUCAGCAGCACUUCAAUCGCCCACAGAGAUCAGUUUAACCCCAGCUGGUGACACACACAACCAUGCUUCUCUUCCUGACCAUCUAAAUAGGCAAUCCCCAAAGCCUUUGCAACAGCACCAGGCUACAUCUGUUCAAGAUGUUUCACUGCCGCAACCAGCUCACACUCCACUACUGUCUCACAUCUCACAGCAUUCCCAACUGAGUGUGACACAGAAUCACAAUAACCAAAAUUCUAUAUACCUUGCACCUUCACAGCACGACAUCCCUACAGAUUUAUCAACUCGUGAGCAGCCUCAAGAAGUCAAUCUUCCCCAAUCUCUGACACCAAUUGACAAUGUUAUUCAGGAAGUAAAAAUUGAGUUGGAAGAAGUCGGAUCAGAAGCACUAGUAUCACAUCCUGAGGAUGGAUCUGUUCCUAUUCCUGACCUGCUCGACAGCUUGGUGGACAUGCGGCCCCUGUAUGAUGGCAAGGUGGAGCAAGGAGAGGAGAUGGCAACAUUUCAUGAUGUGGAUCCAGACGAGAACCUGUAUGAUUUUACAGAGGAAUUUCCCGAGACUUCUACUUCUUCACAAUCAGAUGCUCAGUUCUCGAGGGGUUCAACACACACCACUACUUUUGUCAGACUUGCACAUUGCUCUCCAGAGAAAUUGAGACCCUAUAAAUGCCUCAACUGUCAUCGCUCAUUUCAGAAGAAGGAAAGUUUGACCCGACACAUGCUCACACAUACGAAGGAACCAUACAGGUGCACACAGUGUAAUUAUACCUGCAAGACCUACAGAGCUUCUCUUGAACAUAAGAGAGAAGAACACACAAAGAUUUUUAAAUGUCUUGUUUGUGACUUUACCAGCAAGCGGCAAGACAAUGUAAAGCGCCAUAUGAGAACUCAUUCGAAUGAAAGACCUCAUAAAUGCCCACACUGUGAAUUUUCUUCAAAGCACAUACAAUCACUUGAUAAACAUAUUAAGAAAAUUCAUGAAAGGUAAUGUCUUCAUAUAUAUGGAUAUAAAGGAGUUUUGGAUUUAUUAAGCGUAGGUUCUAUGAACUGUUCUGUCACCCAGUCCUUGUCUUAUCCUUAAUCUUAAAAGUACAGGAAUAUGGAAGAAUUUAAAAGCAUAAAACCACCUGGGCACCUAUUGAGUUCGGUAAGCUUGUUAAGGGUUACGAGUUUCUUUCGGCUUGUUUUCUUACUCUCUCUUUUUUUUAUUAUGUGACUUUCUGUGAAGUAAUACGUAACCCAUUCUAACAAAAUUUUUGUCCAAGUACCUGUACAGUAAUAUGUAAACAACAACUUGUAAAGGUAAAGCAAUAGUCAGUAGUUAAACCCAUUUCAGUGUCAAGGACACAGCCAUGUGAUCACAUCCUUUGUUGUAUUUAUACAGUAUGUAAAGAACUUUUUACAUAUUCAGAAAUCCAUGCAAAAAUGGUCUAUGAACUGGGAGUUUUUAUAUGUUUGUAGAAUUUCCUGGUUGUUCUCCUUUGCUAUUACAUUUUUCAGAAUUGUGAGCAAUGUUUUAAAUGGUAGUUAUAAGAUCUGCAAUAUCAAUGUAAAUAAGUGACUUGAUUGGUUUGGAUUUCCUCCUAUUAAAGAGGAUUAUAUAUUAUUUCAGAAUAAUGGCAUCUAUUGUAUCAUUGUCUGAUAUGUGGACUUUACAUUGGUAGUUCUAAGUUAUUGAUGUUUAAGACCAAAGGGAUUAGGUUAGUAAAGCACAAAAAAGUACAAAUGCCAUUUUUAUUAGAUAGCUAGUAUGACUGGAUACAUCAACAACUACUGUAAGUAGCUGUUGACAGUCGUGUCCUCAGCUGGCUGAGAAUUUCAAUAAUUUGAUUUAAUGUUUUGGAAUUAAUGUAACAAAAAUUUGUACAAUUAAAGAAUACCGGCAUAUAAUUUCAAAUUAGUCUGGCCUUUUUUAAAACAUUAACACUGAUGAGCCAUGGCAUUAACUCAGCCAGCUGGGUUAAGAAUAUUGAACUUAAUAAUUUUGUGUUUGGAUUGAAAUAAUUUUACAAGCACUGAUCAAAGAUCGGAGCCAACAUUGCAAGGAAUACUAUUUUUCAUAAUAUUCGCAGCGAGUGAGUGAAGUCAUGCUGCCAAGAAGAAUGUGUUAAACAUUCAUAAAUGAUAUACCUUAUUUAUAUAUUUGCUGUGCAGAUGUUGGAAUCUCGUAUAGGCAUUGGUAUGUUGUGUGUUAUGUAUAACAGGGCAUUUGUGAGCACUAUUUAGUAUCUUUCCCCAUAAAAACAUUUGAAUCCUAUUUACAUACAAUCAGAGGUUAUAUUUAUGUUGGCAGUGCAGUAUUUUAUUUGUAGAUAAUACUGUAUAUUUUUUUCUUAGCAGAACUUUGUGUUUGAACCUAGUUCUGCAAAUGGUAUAUUUGUAUUUAAUUUUUGGUGUUUAUUAAAUAAUUCAAAUUUUGUUAAAAAUGUUUCAUGAAUAAAAAUUUAAAAUUAUAUGCCAAGUUUUCAGAUUUUUGGUCGUGUAAAUUAGCUAUGCAUGUGAGUAAUGCAUUGCAAUUUCACUUGGAGUCUUUCAAGUUAGAAUAUAAGCAUGAAAUGUUUAAUAUUUAGGGAAUUGUACUCCAUUUUUCCUUGGUGCCAUCCAUGUAAUUUCAGGUUCAUUAUACCAAUUCCUUAUCAUUUUGAGGCUCGCUUUAGUAUACGGUAUCUUCAUUUUACAGAAAAAGUUUGAAUUACAUAAUUAACAAAAAUUGACUUGGAAAAAGAACUUUAGAUAAUGUUGUAACAAUACCAGUAUCAAUAAUGUGCUAUGUGGCACAACACCAAGUUGAAUGUAGUCUGUACAACCAAUAUUAGACGGGCCAUCUUAGUUGCCUAAUAAUUAACUGCUGUGGAAGAAGUUAGUUUUUUCUUGAAAGUGUUGGCCUAUUCUCCUGUUACUGUAAUUUUGCAGCACCAAUUUCAGGAACCUUUUAAUGUAUACUGUUUAGACCUUUCUUCUCUUUUACAAACAUAAACAGAAGCACAAUUUAUACUCCCCACUUGAGACCACCACUAUAAUUACCUCCCCACCUACCACCACCACCACUAAUAUCUCCCCACCCACCACCACCAC